ACCAGUAAAUUUUUUUUUUUUUGUUUUUUUUUUAAAUUGAAAUCUUCGAUUAUCGUAGAUACUUGAGAAGUACAACAUUAUAUAGGGAUAUAUAGUUCUUGAGAAAUCUUACAUUUAUUUGUAGAUUAAUCAUAUAAAUAUCAAGGAGUCAAUCAUAUAAAUGUAUAAAUAUAUACAUUUAUUUGUGAUAAUGCUCCCCUUGCAUUUAUAUACAGUUACAGUCUCGUUUGGUUGUCAAUAUACGAUUAAUCGAGAUAUGUUUAUAUAAUUUUUAUAAGAACUCAAUCGAGAUCCAACGCAUAAUCAUCAAUUAACUAAGAAAAGCACAAAACUAAAUGAUUUGAAAUGAAAAAAAACCCUAAUAUAAAAUGCAGGUAAAUAAGAAGUGGUAGUGUAUAAAGAGAUUAUGACAUCAAGAACAAGAGAGAGUGGUCCUCCUGGAAAGGAGAAGAGAGGAACUUCUCCUUCGUAUUUGCCCAACACGACACAGACCAAACGAAGUCCCAAUCCUUCGAAAAACAACUCCCCAGCAAAAACCCACGAUUCUACUACAUCCGAAAAACCCGUCCCGAAUUAUCUCAAGCCCACGUUAUCUUCGGGCAACGAUUUUGUCUCCAAACAACAAGGCAAAAAACCAUUUUUAUCAGCCACUUCAGACAGCACUAACAAGGCCAGUCUUACGAGAAGAAGAUCGUUCGACAAACCACCGUCAUCUUCUUCCCAAACGCAAAAAUCGCGUGUUUCUCCAAGUCCCACUCUCCGAUCUUCCUCGUUUUCUGCGAAAAGCACUACUGCCUCGUCGCAGAGAGGGGUUUUGGAAAAGAACUCGAAACAGCACGGUUUGUACGCUAGGCCUGUAAAUACUACUAGCAAGAAGGGGGGCGUUAUCGUCAAAAAGCAAGAGGCUGCUGCAAAGGAACAAGUGGUGACUAGCCCUACUGACAAAGUCGAUAAUCUCGACUUACUUAAUGUUCCGGAACCUGAAACGUUGUCCAAAGAUCAAGAAUCUGGCACCGAUGAAGCUGAAGACGAAAAGUCGGUCAAAAUUGGAAGCGUUGACCAAAAGGGGUCGAACAAUUUGGUGAUGGAAGAAGAUCUAGAACCGGUAAGUAUCGAGCAGAGUGAAGGCGAAUCGGAGAAAGAUGAUAAGGAUGCUGUAAUUGUGACCGCCAACUCUCCUACAGAUAUAAAAUACGAGGAUUCUUCCAAGAUUGUUGCAGUUAGCUCUCCUACAGAUAUAAAACACGAGGAAUCCAAGAUUGUGACAGUUGAGUCUCCUACAGAUCAAAAACACGAGGAUUCCAAGAUAACGACAGUCGAUUCUCCGACAGAUAUAGAACAUGUGGAGUCUCCUACAGUGUUGGAAAACCAGGAUGUCUCUCCUGGAGUUAAGACAGACGAUCCAGAAAUCGAAUCACAGACAGAAGAAAUAAGCAGCAAGCAAGAGGAAGUUAAAGAACAUAGCGUCGAUGAAUCGAAUAACAUUAAUAGUACUGAUGAAAGUGUCGCAGGUAACCCUAAUGAAGAGACUGAGGAGAAGAAGAAACAACAAGAAGAAGAAGCAAAAGCAGUAGCAUUGAACGAGAAAGAAGCAGAAGCUAGUCGAAUUGAAUCCCACGAGUCUAAACAAACGGAAGUGCAAGAAGAAGCAGUUGUGCAAGAAAAUGUAAAAGAAGCAGAAUCUCACGAGUCUAAACAAACAGAAGUAGAAGAAGAAGCUGUUGUGCAAGAAAAGCCAAAAGAAGCAGAAGAUACUGAAUUUGAAACUAAACAAGCAGAAGUUGAAGAAGAAGCUGUUGUGCAAGAAAAGGUAAAAGAAGCAGAAGCUAGUGAAGUUGAAACUAAACAAGCAGAAGUAGAAGAAGCUGUUGUGCAAGAAAAGCCAAAAGAAGCAGAAGCUAGUGAAGUUGAAACUAAACAAGCAGAAGUACAAGAAGUUGUUGUGCAAGAAAAGCUAAAAGCAGUUGAAAAUCAAGGACCGAAGGUACAAGUAAUGGCACAUGGGAAAAAAGAAUGUGGAGUGUCGAACGAUCAUAUAGAGGAAACGGCGAGCAGGCUUCGUGAACAGAGGAAAAAUAGGGUUAAAGCACUUGCUGGAGCCUUUGAGUCUGUCAUAUCCUUGCAAGAGACUAAGUAAACAUUUAAAAAAAAAAAAAAAGCCCUUUUUAGUUACGGAAACGAAAGAAGAUUUCCGAUCCUAUUGAUUUACGGGGAAAAGUUGGCGACUUUAAUUUUUAUUUGUUUUUCAAGAUUGAAUCAUCUUCUGU